AUGGCUCUGCUGAAGGUUCUGCUGCUGCUGCUGGGUCCUCCUUUUUCUUCUUCAGGUGUUUCAGUGAACUCACAUGUUUCUCUGCACAAGAGAAUCAUUGGAGGUCAAAACUGUGAUGACAAGGAGCGUCUUUAUCAUGUUCGGCUGGAGGGCAACAAUGGUACUGAGACGACCUUGUGUGGAGGAUCUUUGAUCCACCCUGAGUGGAUCCUGACUGCAGCUCACUGCUGGAAGUUGGAGCCAGGAUGGACUACCACAGCAACGUUAGGAGUUCAUCCACGGACUGCUACACAGCAGAAACAAAUAAUCCAACACAAUCCAGUUAUUUAUGUUAACCAAUGGCAUCAGCAGCAUGACAUCAUGUUGCUGAAGCUUCAGAGACCAGUAAGAAAUAUCCGUCCUGCUCUGCUACCAAGAUGCAAUAAUCGUGUUACGAUUGGUGCUACAGUUCAGCUGGCAGGAGAAGGAUCAACGAUAACCAGCCCCAAUAAUUCGCGCUCACUCGAUGCUCCUAUUCCACCAUAUCUUCAGUGUGUCAACAUGAAAGUUAGUGGUUUUUUCUUCGCGGCAACACGUGGGCAUCUAUUCAUGGCUGAAGCAGAGAACAAGGAUACGUGUCUUGGUGACUCUGGUGGAGGAGUGGUGUUCAACAAGAAGAUUUAUGGUGUGAUUGCUGACAGUGGAAAAGACCAUGCAUGUCAGAAACCAAUUAUUAGCAUGGUUGUGUGUGAAUACAUGGAGUGGAUAAGCAAAACAAUUGGGCUUAAAUAAAACAUAAACUAUCAUGAAAAAUUGUCAUCAAAUUUCCUGUCAGAUGUAAUUUUAUAGUUAUAUCUUCAUCAGUUUGUUCUACAAGUUUAUAGAAUUAGGAAAAAUUAAUAGUUUUGUUUUUUCUCACCUGACCUUGACCUCCCUAAUGGAGCUUUCUCUGCCUCAGAAAUGAAAAAAUAAAUCAAUAAAUGAAUGAAAA